UGCGCGACAGUCCGGCCUGUGUGCUCUCGCCGGAAGUGGCUGCUACCGGGGCAGGUUUGGAGUUCAUCAGGUCCCGGUGCGCUGGCCUGGAGGUGUGCACCAUGCGGCUGGGCUCCGGGACCUUCGCUGCGUGCUGCGUGGCAGUCGAGGUGCUUGGGAUCGCAGUCUUCCUUCGGGGAUUCUUCCCAGUUCCCGUUCGUUCUUCUGCCAGGGCAGAGCACCGAACAGAGCCCCCAGCACCCGAACCCUCGGCGGGAUCCAGUUCUAACUGGACCAAGCUUCCACCGCCUCUCUUCGGUAAAGUUGUUAUUGUUCUGAUAGAUGCCUUGAGAGAUGAUUUUGUGUUUGGGUCAAAGGGUGUGAAAUUUAUGCCCUACACAACUUAUCUUGUGGAAAAAGGAGCAUCUCACAGUUUUGUGGCUGAAGCAAAGCCACCUACGGUUACCAUGCCUCGAAUCAAGGCAUUGACGACCGGGAGCCUCCCUGGCUUUAUUGAUGUUGUCAGGAACCUCAACUCUCCCGCGCUACUGGAAGACAAUGUGAUAAGACAGGCAAAAACAGCUGGGAAAAGAAUAAUCUUUUAUGGAGAUGAAACAUGGGUUAAAUUAUUCCCAAAGCAUUUUGUGGAAUAUGAUGGAACAACCUCAUUUUUUGUGUCUGAUUACACAGAGGUGGAUAAUAAUGUCACAAGGCAUUUGGAUAAAGUAUUAAAAAGAGGAGAUUGGGACAUGUUAAUCCUCCACUACCUAGGGCUGGACCACAUUGGCCACGUCUCCGGGCCUAGCAGCCCCCUGAUUGGGCAAAAGCUCAGCGAGAUGGACAGCAUCCUGAUGAAGAUUCACACCUCACUGCUGUCACAGGAGAGAGAGGGUCUUUCACCCAGUUUGCUGGUUCUUUGUGGAGAUCAUGGCAUGUCUGAUACAGGGAGUCAUGGGGCUUCUUCCACAGGAGAAGUGAACACACCUCUGAUUUUAAUCAGUUCUGCAUUUGAAAGGAAACCUGAUGUGGAGACUGGGAAGUCCAAGAUUAAGGCGCUGGCCUCUGGGGAAGGCUGCUCUUUGCUUCCAAGAUGCCACCUGGAAUGCUACUGUGCCCUCUGGAGGGGAGGAACUCUGCAUCCUUCCAUGACAGAGGUGGAAGAACAAGAAGGUGAUAUCCGACAUCCAAAGCGUGUGCAACAGACUGAUCUUGCUGCAACACUAGCAAUAGGACUUGGCGUGCCGAUUCCAAAAGACAGCGUAGGGAGUCUUAUAUUCCCAGUUGUAGAAGCAAGACCAAUGAGAGAUCAAUUGAGAUUUUUACAUUUAAAUACAGUACAGCUUAGCAAAUUGUUGCAAGAAAAUGUACCAUCAUAUGAAAAAGAUCCUGGAUUUGAACAGUUUAAAGUGUCAGAAAAGUUGCAUGGGAACUGGAUCAAACUGUACUUGGAGGAAAAUCACUCAGAAGUCCUUUUCAACCUGGGGACCAAGGUUCUCAGGCAGUACCUGGAUGCUCUGAAGACCCUCAGUCUGUCUCUGAGCACACAAGUGGCCCAGUAUGAUGUCUACUCGAUGAUGGUGGGGACUGCUGUGGUUUUGGAGGUCCUCACCCUGCUUCUACUCAGCAUCCCUCAGGCGCUGCGCAGACAGGCUAAGCUGGACAUUCCACUGUCUUCUCCAGUGUUCUCCCUGCUCUUCUAUUUGAUGUUCCUGGUGCUAUCGGCCGUUCACGUCAUCGUGUGCACCUCUGCUGAGAGCUCAUGCUACUUCUGUGGCCUCCCGUGGCUGGUGGCCGGUGGAGUGAUGGUGUUCAUGUCUGCACUGCUCUGUGCAAUUGUCUCUGUUCUGACCAAGAUGUUCCUUAGCAAAAGUCUCCCAAGUAAGAAUCCCAACUCAAGGUGGUCAGAGUUAGAUCUUCUUAUUGUGUUUGGGACAGUGGGCCACGUCUUGAGUCUGGGUGCCAGCAGCUUUGUGGAGGAGGAACACCAGACCUGGUACUUCCUUGUUAACACCCUAUGUCUAGCUCUGAGUCAAGAACUCUACAGAAACUGCUUUCUGGGAGAUGACCAUGACCCUCGGCAUCACUUCCAUAUGGAAGCAGGGAUUGCAGGUGCUACACCAGUGCUACAGGACAGGACCGGCUGUUAUGCGUGGGAGCAGGACACAGUGCGUGAGAACCUCUCUCUCUCAGACAUGUUCAGAGGCCGUGAGAAGUGGAUGGCACUGGCCAGUCCAUGGCUGAUACUGGCCUGCUGUCGGCUGCUGCGCUCACUAAACCAGACGGGCGUGCAGUGGGCCCACCGACCUGACUUUGGCCACUGGCUCACCAGUUCUGAUCACAAAGCUGAGCUCUCGAUCCUGGCUGCCCUCUCCCUCCUUAUGAUUUUCCUGCUGGUUCAGGGAGGCUGCUCCCCUGUGUCCAGGGCAGCUUUGCUGCUGGGGCUGCUGAGUGUCUACUGCUACAGGGUGGCCAUUGGGAAUGUGCUGUUCCCAUGGCAGCAAGACAACAGAGACAUUGCAAAGGGUAUUAUUGAAGCUCGUUUUGUUUAUAUCUUUGUCCUUGGUAUUCUAUUCACUGGCACCAAAGACUUACUCAAAUCUCAAGUAAUUGCUACGGACUUCAAAACCAAGACUGUGGGUUUAUGGGAGAUACACAGUGGGUUGGUUCUGCUGGCAGCCUUGCUCUUUAGACCCCACAACCUCCCAGUCUUAGCAUUUAGUCUCCUGAUUCAGACCGUGCUGACUAAAUUCAUCUGGAAGGCCCUGAGACAUGAUGCAGCUGAGAUUACUGUGAUGCAUUACUGGUUUGGUCAAGCAUUCUUCUAUUUCCAGGGCAACUCCAACAACAUUGCCACCGUGGACAUCUCGGCGGGCUUCAUUGGAUUAGACACCUAUGUGGAAAUCCCAGCCAUGUUCCUAACAGUGUUUGGGACGUAUUCAGGGCCUGUGCUGUGGGCCAGCCACUUAGUGCAUUUCCUGAGCUCAGUGAGCAGUGAUUCAGCGCUGAGUCAUGCUUGCUUCUGCUACGCACUGAUUUGUUCUAUACCAGUUUCCACGUACAUCAUUUUGGUGACAUCCCUGCGUUAUCAUUUGUUUAUAUGGAGUGUAUUUUCUCCAAAACUUCUCUAUGAGGGAAUGCACCUACUCAUUACAGCUGCUAUUUGUGUAUUCUUCACAGCCAUGGAUCAAGCCAGCCUCACAAAUUAUUAGACUAAGCUGGACACUGGAAAAGGAUAGCUCCUUGCUGCUGUCACCUGAAGUCCGCAGUGCACAGGCAGGAAGGAAGUAGUGUAUCCCAGAGAAAAGAAGCCACCACAAAACCUCUGCUGAGCUCUGCACUGGGUAGAACCUCAGAACAUGGCCUUACUUGGAAAUGGAGUCUUUGCAGAUCAUACUGGAUUAGGAUGGGACCUAAGUCCAACAAGAGUGUCCUUACAAAGGGCAGAAAAGGCAGAGAGUUACAGGGGAGAGCACCAGGAGAAGGCAGAGGCCAGGAGGGAGUGAUGAUUCUGCUUCCCCGGAACACUGCUGCCGUCACCAGACUGACUCCUCGGAGCUUCUAGAAAGAGCUAAGCCUGUGACAUCUUGGGCCAGACAUCGCCUUCCAACUGUGAGAAAAUAAAAAUUGCUGUUUGAAGCCAGCAGUCUGUGGAAUUGUGUUAUGGUAACCCUAGGAAGUAAAUGCAAUCUCCUGAAAUGUCCCAGCCACUACAAUGGUCCACGCCCCUGAGAUGGUCCAAGUCCUUGAG